AUUUUCUUAGACCCCGUAUCAUUCUCCUGCGCGCGCCAAGCCCCGUCGAAUCCAGAAUCCGCAAGGUAUUCAAUGCGGCAGAUGAAGAACGCGGUCCUGGCAGAACAUUGAUGAUUCCAGAUUUUUAAUCCCUCCAUGGAUCAACAUAUUGAAGGGCUGCCACAUUACAAAGAUAUCAAACAAAAUGAAUUCUGUUAUCGAAAACACAAGAAGCAGAAGGAGGAGGAUAUUGCCGUCUGUGUCUGCAAAUUUGACGCUAACGAUAACGAUAGUGGUUGUGGGGAAGGGUGCUUGAAUGUACUGACCAGCACAGAGUGUACUCCUGGAUAUUGUCCCGCUGGUGUUCAUUGCAGAAAUCAGAGGUUUCAGAAAUGUGAGUAUGCAAGAACAAAAUUGUUCAACACUGAAGGUCGUGGGUGGGGCCUUUUGGCGGAUGAGAAUAUAAAGAGUGGACAAUUUAUUAUUGAAUAUUGUGGGGAAGUUAUAUCUUGGAAGGAAGCAAAACGGAGAUCCCACACUUAUGAAAAUCAGGGACUAAAAGAUGCUUACAUCAUCUCACUCAAUGCCUCUGAAUCAAUUGAUGCAACUAGGAAGGGAAGUCUUGCUAGAUUUAUAAAUCAUUCGUGCUGUCCAAACUGUGAGACAAGGAAGUGGAAUGUGUUGGGUGAAAUAAGGGUUGGAAUAUUUGCAAAGCAAGACAUUUCCAUUGGGACUGAAUUGUCAUAUGAUUAUAAUUUCGAAUGGUAUGGAGGUGCCAAGGUUCGCUGCCUCUGUGGUGCAAGCAGCUGUUCAGGAUUCCUUGGAGCCAAGUCUCGUGGGUUCCUGGAGGAUACCUAUUUGUGGGAAGAUGACGAUGAUAGGUAUUCUGUUGAGAAAAUUCCACUGUACGAUUCUGCAGAGGAUGAGCCAUUCGUUAAGCUCCACACUGUAUUAAACAACCCAUAUUCUGAGUUUGAGGGUUAUCUGAAAAAUGAGAACCCAAUGAUCUUGGACGAUAAUUUGGGAGCUGAACAGCAGCUGGUAUCCACUGCAUUAAUUGAUACCUCGAAGAAUUCAGUCCAAUUACAAAAUAUAGUUGUGGGAGAAAUUAAAAAUGAAGCAAAAGAGGAGCCAGAAGACCAUCCACAGAAUACGCAGCAGACCUUUUCCCAGCAGAAUGCAAUGAUAUCUCGAAUCCGAAGUAACACCGCAUGCCGUAAUUAUCGCAUUGGACCUGGACCUGCGGCCAAAAAACGAGCAAGAAACUUAACGAAUGGAAGGACGAAAAAUUUUACCCUGAAGCAAGUAGAUGCAAAAUAUGUUGCUCGAUUGUUAGAGUUGAAGGAAGCACAAGAAGAAGUCUUACAGUAUGAGGAAACGAAGAAUAAAGCUACCUCCGAACUUGAUUUGUUGUACAAUGAAAUACGACCUGCCAUUGAAGAAUAUGAGAGGGACAGCCAAGACAGUGUAGCUACCAGUGUUGCGGAAAAGUGGAUAGAAGCAAGCUGUUUGAAACUGAAGGCGGAAUUUGAUCUGUAUUCUUCUAUAGUCAGAAAUGUUGCUUGCACUCCUUUAAGGUCAGGUGUCUCUACUGAACCUCAACCUCUUGAAGUGGAUGGCGACAACGACCUGAAAUUAUUAACUAAUUAGUUUGCUUGUCUCAUAUUUAAUUACUUUGGUAAACCAUUUCUGUCGUUCAUUGGUUGAUGGUCGGGGCACGCUAGUUCUUAUGGGAGCCAGCCUGCAGGGUCUGUGGAGCAAAGUGUACUCAGGUUUGAGGUAAUCGAAGCCUUCAAUUAUGAUCGUAUUUUUCAUGCUAUUCUUUCAAGGAUUAUUGUCUCCUAUCUGCAACCUAGUGCUGCACUUGUUUUAAAUCGGAAUCAUUUGAUCUGAUAAUUGUAAAAGUGGAUUAGGAAAAAAGAAAUGGGUUUAGAUAGAAAUGAUAGUGAGAAGCGUUUGAUUGAAUUAAAAGGCAUAUUACUUGCAUUGAAGUUAGAAAACAUCAACCCUGUGGGUUCAUCUGCUGUGUUUCAUGUUAAUUUGAGUUGCCCUUGAUCA